AAGUUUUUAGAAAAUGAGCUCAAGCUGGGCCCUGUUUCUGUUGCUGUUCGUGGCGCCCUUAGUCUCGUGCCGUAAUUACCACGAUGUUAUGUGGAAUUCCAAACAGUUCCCGGUUGCGUUCAAAACCACACCUAUUAAAGUUGAUUUAGGGGACCAGUUGACAAUUAUCUGUCCAAAAGCAUACGGAAUGACAUACGAAUAUGCAAAAUUGUAUUGGGUUGGAGAAACGGAAUGGUCUCAGUGUUGGCUUCACGAGCCAGUUUGGCUCGGAGUUUGUGCAACCGAAAAUUAUACGACAGAAGUUAAACUAAUCUUCCGCCAAACUAACCCAAUCCCUGACGGUAUGGAUUUCCAAGUUGGAAAAACCUACUAUAUAAUUUCGACUUCUACUGGUGAUAUUGAAGGCAUAAAUCAAGCAGUCGGGGGACUGUGUAAGUAUCAUCAUAUGAAACUGGCAAUCUCGGUAGUUGGGUAUGAAAAGCAGUCGCAUUCAAAAUCCGAAAUCACUGAAAAAAACUUUGCUCAUGGGAUCGGAUACGAAAUUCAUGAAGUGGGACAACUCGUUUCCUCAGGCCACCAAAACUUUACGCUCUUGACCACAACGUCACUACUUUUCUGCACAAUGUUCUUAAGCGGUGUUUUGUUUUAGUGGCAUCAUUUAAGAACAUCCCAAAAUGAUCCUACUAUUUUUUUAGUUUAUUUUUUUCAACAAAUCAUCUACAAUCUAUGAAAAAUUAUCUUAGAUUUCCGGUUUUCCCUUUUUCCCCGUUUUCCUAGGCACCCAUGAAUUUCUGGUAUUUUCAAUUGGCAUUUUUGAAUUUUUUUUAAUUAUUCACAUUUCAUUAAACCAGUUUUAUACAAAUAAAUACUAUUA